AUGGCUUUGGAUCUAGAGUUAAGGUUAAGUAUUUUUCCUUGCGCGACCAGAAAACGAAGGCCGGUCGAUGGUUCAGAAGAAGCGAACCUUUCUCCUCCGAUCAGCAAUCUCGGGGACGAUCUCCUAGCAGAAGUUCUGAUUCGCGUCCCGGAACCUGGAUCCGCCUGGCGAUGCAAAGCAGUCUGCAAGCGAUGGAAGUCUCUGAUCUCCGAUCCUCAAUUCGUUCGCCGUUUCGUUUCCCACCACGAGAGCAUCUGGAGCGUCGACGAACCUCCUCUGAUGGCCAUAGACAGUGGGGAAGCCAUCUUGAGCUUCCUCCCCGUGCCCGAUGAAUUAGCUGAUCGAUGGUACUUCCGAAUUUUCGAUUCCUUCAAGGACUUGGUUUUGUGCGGGUUUCAGGAGACGCCCAGAAUCCACUCCGAAUUUUCCAGGUCUCUCUUCGUCUGCAAUCCGUUCACGAAGCAGUGGGUCGCCCUUCCUUUGGCGCCUGAAAUCGCGUCCUCGUCUAAGAUUGGAUCUUUUGUUGCAAGGUUAGUCUGUGAACCCCUUACCUGUAGCUCAAAUGUUGAACUUGAUCUAGGAGAAGGUCGACCACCAUUUGUUUAUUGCUCUGCUUAUCGGUUCCGGGUGUUGUGUAUUUAUCAAAUGAUGAAGAGUACUAGAGUAGACGUGUUUUGUUCGGAGUCUGGAGAGUGGACGAAGGAGGCUCUUGUUCUUGAUGAGCAUUAUAUACUUUUGGCUUGCAAUGGAAUUUCUUCAUUGUGCAACAGCGGGUUGCUUUGGUUGUGUUUGGAUGCCGAAAAUCGUGGUUCUAUUCCAUAUAUAAUUGCUGGGUUUAAUCCUUUCGGUCUCGAUAUACCUCCCACCUGUAUCAAUGCUUCUUCACUCGUAGUGUCACGCUGCAAGUGGAAUAUUUCGGUCUCACAAGGUGCUUUGCACCUAAUUGUUCUUGAAGCUGAAGCUCCACCUGCACCUUUGAGUAUUUGGAGACUGGAAGAACAUGGCAAGUCUUGGAGUAUACAGUACAAAACCUUGUUGGGGAGGACAUCAGGAAGGUGCAACUAUGAACUUAAGGAAUGUAGUGUAGUUGGUCUGCAUCCAGAGAAGCCACAUAUUGUCUUCUUAAGACACGAGGAUCUUGGUGGUCCUUGGGAUGAUGUUGUGCUGUCCUACGAUAGCAGGACAGAAGAGCUAAGGUACUUCGCUGAAUUUCUGGGGAAUUGGGCUGUGUUCCACCCUAGCGUCUCUUGCUGGCCUACUCCAAUUCCCAGAUAUGAGAAGUUGAGAGUUAUUUAUGAUGGAAGUUACAAGUGUUGGGUUCAACAGAGCAGCAGCAAAGCUACGCCUCCGCUCCCUAAUAAUUGGUAA